CGUUGGCGUUUGGCCUUCUGAACUCAACCCGUUCUCUCCGAAUACCGUUGUAAAUGAGCGUACAAGCAAAACUUUCCCCUCUGAGCAAGCGCUUAUUUGAAGCGAAACGACAAAAGAAACUGAGUUUCGAGCAGAUUGGAAAUAAGAUGGGUCGCGACGAAGUCUGGGUUGCUGCAUUGUUCUAUGGUCAAGCAAAACCUACCCCCGAAGACGGAGAGAAGCUGUCCUCUAUUCUGAAUAUACCUCAGGCUCAUAUCAAUGACGACCUUGGACCAGAGUUUUUCCCGGACCGUGGUGGUUUGAUGUCGAUACCACCUACAGAUCCAACUUUGUACCGCUUCUACGAGAUCCUGCAAGUAUAUGGCUAUCCUAUGAAAGCCGUUAUUCACGAAAAGUUUGGAGACGGAAUCAUGUCAGCCAUUGAUUACACAGUCAAGAUUGAUAAGGAACCUGACCCGAAUGGUGAUCGUGUUAAGAUCACCAUGAGUGGCAAAUUUUUGCCAUACAAGAAGUUUUAAAAACUAUCCAUAUGAAUCUUUGUAGUGAGCAGAUGAGCUUUGGAAACAUUUUUAGCUAUAAGUAUCUGUAUACGAUAAAG